AUGAGGAGAGAGUUUGACUGCUGGGUCGAGCAGUGCUGGGUCGAAGCGUUUCAUUCUGUCUUCGUUCACGAUGUCCCAAGUCUCCUCAUCCAACUCAUCAUCCUUCAAUCUUCUCCCCAAUUUCUCCGCAAGCAGAUCGUUCAUGGUGGCUCAGCCGUGGACAAGCUGUUCCAGACACAAAUGCUCAAGCUCCUCUUUGCCGAGAUUGAGCGACGCCUCUCGGGUCACAGGAUAUCCGAAGCUGGUCCUUCGACCCCUUCUCCCACGAGUCCCGCUCAACCGUUCCCAUCAUUAUUACCCCGUGAUGGCGUCUGCUUCGACUCGUUGGCCGCUCUGCAUGGCACGCCAAAGGAGAAUGACGACCAUGGCAUGUGUUUGUGUCAACUGACCACAUGUACUGGAUGUUUCCACACUUCCGGCUUGUCACGGCGAGGACCCCAUUGUCUCUUACCGUUCGAAUUGACAGACACCCCCCAUGUCACACAAGGCUUUGCGGGGAAAUUUGAAACUGAGGCUCAGGCUACCAAACGUAUCGAAGAUCUCAAGGGACCUUCUGGACCAGCAUUGAAGCCACAGAAUCUACCCCAGGAUGUUGGAUUUGUCCGACAUUCCAGGAAUCGCGCCAACGGAGAUACGCCUCUCAAACCACCUAUCCUCUUUCAACAUCCUCAAAUGACAGACGUUCUCGCGGUCGAGGAACACAUCCGUUGGAGAUUGAAGGAGAUGGGCGCGACGGAUCCCGCGGUGGAGACCCGUUAUGGACCAUCCAAGAAUGAUCCUGCAGCUUUGGAAGGCAUCGAUUUGCCGGAGACGGACGGCAAAACGGACGAUGGAGACAAGUCAACGGCGUCGGCCGAGACUGGAGCGAAAAAGAUGCGCGUCGUCAAAGUCCAGAGGGGCAAGGGCAAAGUCAGAAGAGUCGUCGAUGGUCCGAAUAAGACCAAGGACGAGGAAAAGGACAAGGCUAGAUGUUUCUUGCCUUCUACGUGGACCGAUGAGACAGCUCAAGCGAGGAAUACGGCCAUCGUGCUGACAUUUCGGCAUUUCGUCAAGCUUCUUCACCAAGUCGCCAUCUCCGUAUCGCCUUUUUCGUAUCCUUCCUACGCCGACGACGUGCUUGAGUUGAGUCAAGUUCACCCCGUCGCCAUGUACAGACGCCUUGCGGAGCCUUCUGUGACUCGUCGGAAGAAUGGCACUGAGACUCGAGCCUGGCAAGAGUGUAUGGACAAGUGGACCGAAGAGCUAGGAGCGAAGGAGAAGGCUCAGGGCAACAAAUACGUGUCCGCUGUACAGCACCGCAAAGCAGUCGACUACUACACUCGCGCCAUAUCCCUCGACUCAAAAAAGACGGUCUAUUAUUCCAACCGUGCGGUCGCGCUCAAUGCCCUAGGCGAGCAUUCGCGAGCCGAACAAGAUUGCAAACACAUCUUGCUGAAGGAUUCCAAGAACGGCAAGGCAUUCUUCCAACGUGCGAUGGCUCGUCGAGGUCUGGGAAGGUGGAGAGAAGCGGAAGCAGAUCUCAAAGAGGUGUUGAGGUAUCAACCGGGCAACGAUAGUGCAAAGAAGAUGAUGAUGUUGGUCAAAGGGGAGAUAGCAAAGUUGCCAAAGCAGACCGUUGAGGAUGCAAUGGACUUUUGA